CACGAGCGUCGGUCUGGGUCACGUGAGAUGCUCCGCUAAGAAUGCGGUGACGUGCUGGAGUUCCGUCAGAGGAGCGGUGUCUGACAGCCAGUCUGCCCGGGACCAACAGCUGCCUUCCCCGGCUGAGACGAAGCGUCGGUCCGGGGCGGAGCGGAGGAGCAGAGGAAACAAAAGACGGGUGGAAGGUGCAGAGACGAGCCGCUGGGUUUUUGGGUUUUCCCCCUGCAGGACUGUGGCAGUGAUCGGACUCAUUGAUGCGCGAGGAUUUUAUGUUUUUGAUUCUGUGUUUUUCCUCCAUCUCCUCCUGCACAUCAGCCCUCCGAGCAGCGGGGAGGAGCAGCCCCCUCUCCCGCAUCCCUCCAGCGGACCGGGCUCCCGGAUAAACGCGCAUGGAUGCUGCGGUGUUUCUCUCACUCUCUCUCUCCCUCUGUCCUCCGUGGAAAGCAACUUAAACCCGGGGGGACACAAGAGUGAAGCCGCGGAGGGGGACGCAAGAAACAUAAAGAUCGACUAAGUAGAACCGGGAGAGGAGGGUCCCCUGCCCGGAGCAGGAGAGGCUCUAGCCCCGCAGGUUUGUGGAGCCCGCGGGGGAUGAGGACGCAUCCCGGUGUGAUUAGGGGGACAGGGGCGAGGCGGGGGGCGGAUUAAGCGCUUGAAACCCGGGUUUGUUUCCGAGCCUCGGAGGGUCGGGUAUGGCGGGUGGAGGCACCAGGGUUCAGCCACUCCAUCAGCCGACCGCAGCCCCGUCAGCAGCCGCAUCAGCAGCAGCAGCAGCAUGAGGAGGAGGAGGUUAGUGAGAGUAAACACAAAGGACGCAUCCCUUAUCAUUUCCUGAAGGAGGCAACACUUAGAGCAUGAGCCUGUGUGCCACGGACUCAUCGCCCUCCUAGCUCCACCAGGUGCCCUUUAAACCUGCUCCACGCUGCACUGGUGGACUCCACCAGGUGGAUCACUCCAACCCAUCUGCCGGCUCAGAUCCCCCUCUGGUCGUUGGCAACCACAUGUGUGAGGUGACAGUGUGCUACUUGAGCAGCAGCAGCCUCCUGCGACCCCAAUCUCCACCAUGCAGUGGAGACGGCGGCACUGCUGUCCCAUCAAGAUGACCUGGACCAUCAAGCGUUCAGUCUUUCGGACCCACGUGACUGGCCUCCUCUCGCUGGCUCUGCUCUUCACUUUCUUCUUGUUUUUCAGCCACCAGGACUGGCUGCCGGGACGCAGUGGGCUCCGGGAGAACCCACUCAGUAAUACACUGAAGGCCCUUCGCAGCCCCAAGGUGGACGGCAACCAAAGCAGCUCCCUGAGGAGCCCGUGGAGGGAUGGGGGAUAUGUAGCGCCAAAGCCUCUGCUCAACCUCAGCACUCAGCAGGCGGAGGGGGCGGCGGGAGAGACCGUCGGAAGCAGGAUGGGUGUAAUGGGGCUCGGGGACACCAUGAGCACCAACAACAGUUUACAGAAGGAGAUGGGUGUGGGAGGGACGCUCAGUGCUCAGCCUUACCGCUACAUCCUGAACGAGCCCUUCAAGUGCAGGGACACCACGCCCUUCCUCAUACUCCUCAUUGCUGCAGAGCCCAGCCAGGCCGAUGCCCGAAACGCCAUCCGUGCGACGUGGGGGAAUGAGAGUGUAGCGAUGGGCCUGGGGUUUGUCCGUCUCUUUCUGCUCGGAGUAGGAAAGAGCUCUGAUACCUUCCUCCAGAGCAGCAUCGAGGAAGAGAGCCGCAUUCACCAUGACAUCAUUCAACAGGACUACCAGGACACUUACUACAACCUGACCAUCAAAACCCUGAUGGGCAUGAACUGGGUGGCCACCCACUGCCCACACGCCUCCUAUGUGAUGAAGACAGACAGCGACAUGUUUGUCAACACCGAGUAUCUCAUCCAAAAGCUGCUGAAGCCCGAGCUGCCUCCCAAGCAUCGGUUCUUCACCGGCUACAUGAUGAGAGGCUAUGCGCCAAACAGAAACAAGGACAGCAAGUGGUACAUGGCGCCAGAGCUUUACCCGAGCGAGCGCUACCCGAUAUUCUGCUCGGGCACGGGGUAUGUGUUCUCAGGGGACAUGGCCGAGCUGAUCUACCAGGCCUCUCUCGGCAUUCGCAGACUGCACUUGGAGGAUGUUUACGUGGGGAUCUGCUUGGCGAAGCUGCGCAUCGACCCGGUACCCCCACCCAAUGAGUUCCUCUUCAACCACUGGCGGGUGUCUUACUCCAGUUGUAAGUACAGCCACCUGAUCACGUCGCAUCAGUUCCAACCCAAUGAACUUGUCAAGUACUGGAACCACUUGCAGAGCAACAAGCACAACGCCUGCAUCAACAUAACCAAGGAAAAGAAUGGCAGGUACCGGAACCGAAGGUUUCACGGAGAGAGGCCUCCAUGAUGCCUCCUGUGACCGCCAAAAAGACAACGGGAGACGGGCACACUGUAACGUCAGCCGUUGGAGGGCACGUGGAACCUAGCACUAUACACUAUUUGGGGAAAAGCACAUUGUUUUUGGUAUUGUGUACAGUUGAUGAUCCAAACUAUUUUUUUAAUUUGAGGAAAAAAAAGGUAAUUAUGGUGAAGUAUUCUGGGGUGAAGGACAUGUCUGUGUUUAUGAUAAUUCAGGUGCCAACAGGAACGUGGUCGUUCAUGCUAAUGUGUAGGUUCUCCUCCAAAGGGAAGUGCGGUACGUCAAAAAAACAACAACUGUGACACAGCCGUGUUUACACAGACACAAAGGGAAAUGUAAGUGUAUUAUGUGGAAAGUUACACUACCUAAAUAUGAAUGAAAGUAUCUUUGACAUUGACCAGUGAUGCUGCCCUAUUUCUCAGUGUUUACUUUACAUAUUUAUCAAAGAACACGCCUCUAACCAGAGGGGUUUAUCUGUCAUAUACUGUAUUUUAUUUUGAAAAAGAAAUCGACACAGAAGCACUCAGAAUCACGACAGAGAUGACUGAGAUUGUAUUUUUUAAAGCUUUACAUUGAUUAUGACUGCACUCGAGCAAAUGUGCAAUGAAUCAACUAACAAUUAAAUGUAUUGAAGUCA